ACCACGUACGCAUCCUUGCUCUCUCGGCGCCUCCAGCACCCAAACGACGACUUGAACCCCGCCGAGCGUGCCCUGGCGGACAAUUUCCCUGGAGCACGCAAGAAGAUCGAACAAAUAUAGCGCCGUUCUCCAAUAGCCUCAUCCAUAAAUACCAUUAUUCGGGAACCAGACAGGAAACAUGGCGGAUCGCGAGCAGAGAGACUACGAUGAGACCGAAGGGUCUCUAGACCCGGAGAUGCUCUAUACGAAGGAAUACUGCAUUGGCGGAGGCAGCUUUGGCAAGGUCUACAAAGGCGUGGACAAACGCACGGGUCAGUCGGUGGCCAUCAAGAUUAUCGACAUUGAGAGCGCCGAGGACGAGGUGGAGGACAUCAUCCAGGAGAUCGCCAUCCUGUCGGAACUGCAGUCGCCGUAUGUGACCAAGUACUACGGCUCGUACGCCAAGGGGGCCGAGCUGUGGAUCGUCAUGGAGUUCUGCUCGGGAGGCAGCUGCGCGGACCUCAUGAAGCCGGGCCUGAUCGGGGAGGACUACAUCGCCAUCAUCGUGCGCGAGCUUCUUCUAGGCUUGGACUACCUGCACUCGGACAAGAAGUUGCACCGGGAUAUCAAGGCGGCGAAUGUGCUUCUCUCUGCCAACGGCCAAGUCAAGUUGGCCGACUUUGGUGUGUCUGGCCAACUGUCGGCGACCAUGACCAAGAAGAACACGUUCGUGGGAACGCCGUUUUGGAUGGCACCCGAGGUGAUCAAGCAGAGCGGCUACGACCACAAGGCCGACAUCUGGUCGCUGGGCAUCACGGCCCUGGAGCUGGCCAACGGCGAGCCUCCGUACGCCGACAUCCACCCGAUGAAGGUGCUUUUCCUGAUUCCCAAGAAUGCGGCCCCGCGGCUGGAGGGGAAUUUCUCCAAGGCAUUCAAGGAGUUUGUCGAGCUCUGCUUGCAGCGCGACCCCAAGGAGCGGCCGUCGGCAAGGGAGCUGCUCAAGCACCCGUUCGUCCGGCGGGCGAAGAAGACGAGCUACCUCACCGAGCUGAUCGAGCGAUACAACCGGUGGGCCGCCACUCACAAGCAGGACGACGACGACAGCUUCGAGGCCGAUGACGCCGACCAGGCCGAGAACCGGCAACCGGUCGAUGAGGAUAUGUGGGAUUUCGGGACUGUGCGUCUGGUGGGAGAGCGAGGGAACGUGGUCCACAGGCCGGGCCUGCUAAAUCCCAUGGGAGAGUCGGCGACGAAUGCGAGGUCCUCCAGGACGCUGGAGCCUUGGGACAGCUGCGACGAGCCGAGACGAGAAGGCAGUCCAACGAAGUUUUUGGCCGAGACCAGAGACACGCUUAAGGGCGCCAGCGGGACGGGUACAUCACGGCAGCUGUCACCGCAAAGGAAGCCCGUGCCAAACCCUUCGUCGCCGAGCAAGGUCCCGCUGCCGCCGUCGCCUCAGAAACCCCUACCGAGCCCCGAGACACCUCGUGCGUCUUUCGCAUCAAAGCCCGCGCCGCCAGUCCCGGCAAGCAAUUCGCCUGACUACGACCAUGUGCUGCAACAGCAGCUGCAGCGCGAGAUGGCCGUGAUGAAUCUCGGGUCGGCCAUACAGCCGCAGAGUCCCUCAUUACAGUCCACGGCGUCCUCCUCCAGGAUGGCCCCAAUGACGAUACCCGAGAUCCCCCCUUUCCGCGGAGGCCAACAACAUCAACUCCAGCCGCCGCCGGGGUUUCAAAGCAAGAUGAAUGUCCAGUCCCCGUUCCACCAACCCUAUGCACCAUCACAACAACAACAACACUUCCAACAACAUCUAUAUCAACAACAAGCAAUGAUGCCAUCCCCACUAAACGUACCACACAAACCGUCCUAUUCAAGCCAGCACUUCCAACCCUUCAUCUCCAAAGAACUGCCCCGGCAUGCGAGCAGCUCGGACUCCUCCUUCUCCUCCUCCUCCUCCUCCUCCUCCACCACGUUCCACCACAACCCGCUCUCCUUCCUCACCGCAACCACCCCGGGGACCAACAACAACAACAACAUCAUCAUCAACAACAACAACAACAGCCACCCAGACGGCGGCAGCAGCAGCAGCAGCGGCGAGCUCGACGCCCUCAACGACGUCAUUUUCCCAGCGCUCGAAGAGACCCUCAAGCGCCGCCAGAUCCACCUGCAGCAGCUCUAUUACAGCGGCGGGGGCCCCGCGGCGCCGCCCGUCGUCACGCCCAAGCAGCAGCGCGCCGAGGCGGCGCACGAGAAGAUCAGGAAGUUGGUGUACAAGCUGGCGCAUGUGUGCAAGGAGAUUGAUCAUUACGACAAGCAGGAGCCGGUUGGGGGGAUGGGGAAGGAGGUUGGGACUUUUCUGGAGGGGCUGUUGGAGGAGAUUCUGGUGAGGGUUGAGCCGCUUGAUGAGGAUGGAGGGGAACAUGCUGUUUCUCAUCAUCAUGGUGGCGGUGCUGGUGGUGGUGGUGGAGUUUGAGGAGAGGAUGGGAUGGUGGUUGUGACGGGAAUUGGGUGUUUGAUGCUUAAAUGGGGGAACUGAUGGGCUUUGGAAGUACCUUAUGGUCUUGUUCUUGUACUCUCUAGAUCUGGGAGUGCCGUGUCCCCGGUGUGCAUGCAAAUGGCAAGGUCUAUCCAGCCUUGGCUUACGCG